ACAAGAUUACUCGAAAUGAAGAAGAAAGAUUUUCAGAUAAGUAUAAUAACAAUUGCUUGAAUAUUUGCGGCAAGAAUUUUAUAUAACAACGAUUCUUUUUUGUUUUAAGUCUACCAAACUUUCGUCGAAUAGGCUGGAUUAUUCUACAUAAGGUGCAGAUACAAUGAUAAAUUGUUGUCCAAUGCAGUACCCUUGAUACAUUGUUCGAUUUUCAAUAAAAUAAAUCAAUAUCUAAUGUCAAAAGCCCAACUUGCACUAGUGCGACUUUUUUAAACGGUAUAAACAGAAUUUCGAACGUGUAACGAUAGGGGAACUGCAGUGAACUGUCAAAACACACACGAGAUGAAUGUCUGCCGAGUGUCGAUAACAUGGCGUCUGCCUCAAAUGAUUUGUGGUAUCGCCAAAUACGAGCGAAAACACGUAAAUUGUGAAUGAUUUAUCGAUCCCCCAUUAAAAUUUAUUUUAAAGUUACGCAUAAAAUCUGACCCGACGUAAAUUUACGAUGUUUAUAUUGUGAUUUUUCAACAAAAACUGUGCUUUACAGACACCAUUUCGCAACUAUAAAAUGUCGUUGUUCCUAUUUCCUUGCGAAGCAGUAAGAAACAAAAAUAAGGUUUGCAACUUCUGACUGCAAAACACUCGUUUACUUCACUUUAUUUCGCUCCGUAAAAUUGUUCCUUUCAGCCGUGGAAACAACAUAUGAGAUUCAAUAAAAACGCAGGAGCAAGCACAGGUGACGUCACAUGAGUGACCUGUGAGGGAUUACAGGAUGUAAGCCGCUCUGGGGAUUGCCGCUUCAAAGCGACUUACGGACCUCUUGCUGGGGGUUUUAUGAGCUCUAUAUACUUGUAAAUGUGCGGUAUACUGUUUAAUGUGAUGAGGUGAUCGGUUUUCCCUGUCAUUUUGGAUGGCGCGUCCUCGUUGCGCCCGCGCCGGUCCGUGACGCGUGCGCACUUGCACAACCUGCGCAGAUAUUAACCCGCGCUGCGUCUCACACGCACAGUGCAACAACUAUCCUACAACCGCCGACAUGAUCCACAAAAUCGCUUUGAGUUUGGCCGUCGUGGUCGCCAGCCAUCUGGUAUUGGCAAACCCAGUGCCUGAACCAGAUCCCUACCACAAGACACACAUCAGAAUCCACGUGCCCCACGAGGUCCACACAGUGCACCACCACCACGUGGAGAAAAUCCCGGUGAUAAAAGAGAUCCCGGUCCUGCACGAAGUACCAGUCGUGAAGCACGUGCCCAUAAUCAAACACGUACCCAUAGUCAAACACAUCCCCGUGCCCAUAGAGAAACACGUCAUCGUUGAAAAACCACUCGUCGUCCCCGUACAUACGGAGCAUUGGGGCUGGCAUUAGAACUAGUAGGAACUAAGAACACUUCCAUAAUGUUUUAUAUAAACUUGACUGGAGGCCGAAAAUAGGCCAACGCUGUAUAUACUUAAGACUGAAGCCGAGUGAAGACUACCUUCAAAGAAGGUUAUAAGAACCAUAUAAAGAUUUUAGCUACUUGAUAACAAAUGACGGUCUGGAAGACAAAAGACAAUCGUCCGUUUUGUCCUUGAAAAUACAGGAAUAUGAAAAAAGAAAUGUAUAGUCAAUUUCGAUAAAUAAUCGUUUCUUAUUUAUAUUUCUCAAUUCUGUUUUCAAUAUGGCCGAUCGUCUGCGUUAGUCGUGAAUAAUAGUUUUAGGUUCUGUAUAUAACUUUAUGUACUCCAAUAUACUCGUAAGGCAGAGGAAAUUUGUAAA